UCCAUUGAAAACCAACGAAGAAGAAGCAGACUAGGAAGAAGACGCGGACGUUUCCCGGCAUUCAGUGGGGCGUCAUGGCGGACACGAGAGAGAAAGCGUUACAGGACUACAGGAAGAAAUUAUUGGAACACAAAGAAGUAGACGGACGGUUAAAAGAAUUGAGAGAGCAGCUGAGAGAACAAACUAAACAGUAUGAGAAAUCAGAAAAUGACCUCAAGGCUCUCCAAAGUGUUGGACAGAUUGUUGGAGAAGUGCUGAAACAACUGACUGAGGAGAAAUUCAUUGUAAAGGCCACCAAUGGCCCCCGAUACGUGGUUGGAUGUCGCAGACAGCUGGACAAGUCACAGCUGAAGCCAGGCACCAGAGUGGCUUUGGACAUGACUACGCUCACUAUAAUGAGGUACCUGCCCAGGGAGGUGGACCCUCUUGUGUACAACAUGUCCCACGAGGACCCUGGCAGUGUCUCCUACUCAGAGAUUGGAGGCUUGUCUGAACAGAUUCGUGAGCUGAGAGAGGUCAUUGAACUUCCUCUGACCAACCCUGAGCUCUUUCAGAGAGUGGGGAUCAUCCCCCCUAAAGGCUGCCUGCUCUACGGGCCUCCAGGCACUGGGAAGACUCUUCUUGCCAGGGCAGUGGCCAGUCAGCUGGACUGUAACUUUCUUAAGGUGGUGUCCAGCUCCAUCGUAGACAAAUACAUUGGUGAAAGUGCCAGGCUGAUAAGAGAGAUGUUCAACUACGCCAGGGACCACCAACCAUGCAUCAUCUUCAUGGACGAGAUUGAUGCCAUUGGUGGCCGUCGUUUCUCAGAGGGAACCUCUGCUGACAGAGAAAUCCAAAGGACUUUGAUGGAGCUGCUGAACCAGAUGGAUGGCUUUGACACGCUGCACAGAGUCAAGAUGAUCAUGGCCACUAACAGACCAGACACUCUGGACCCUGCCCUGCUGAGGCCUGGCAGACUAGAUCGUAAAAUCCACAUAGAACUGCCCAAUGAGCAGGCACGUCUGGACAUCCUCAAGAUCCACUCAAGUCCUAUCACCAAGCAUGGAGAGAUAGAUUUUGAAGCCAUCGUGAAGCUGUCAGAUGGCUUUAACGGAGCUGACCUGAGAAACGUGUGCACAGAAGCAGGAUUGUUCGCGAUCCGCUCUGACCGUGAGUACGUUACUCAGGAAGACUUCAUGAAGGCCGUGCGGAAGGUGGCGGAUUCAAAGAAGCUGGAGUCCAAACUGGACUACAAGCCUGUAUAAACCUUCCUUUUUCUUUACUCUGCCUUAUGGUUGUUGUCGUAUUUUCAUGGGUUUGCUGUGUUCUACACUUCAAAGUCAGAAACAUUUGUAUUGGUGGGAGGCAAUAUUAGAGAAACAUUAUCCUUUUAGAUGCAGACGAUGCGUGUCAUGCAGAGACUCCUGUUUCCACCUGUUAGUUUUACCUGCCAUAGUGUUCCCAGCACAUUCAAGAAACUUACCAUUCUGACAUCCUAAGAAACACUUAAAUGACUUUGUGUAUUAAAAUAUACCAUAUAUCA